AUAUUCAAAAAGAAUCUACUCUCAUCUUGUUCUUCGACUUAGAGGCGGAAUGCAAAUUUUUGUCAAGACUCUCACUGGGAAAACUAUCCCCUUGGAAGUUGAAGCUUCCGAUACAAUCGAGAACGUCAAGGCUAAAAUUCAAGAUAAGGAAGGUAUUCCACCUGAUCAACAAAGAUUAAUUUUUGCUGGGAAACAAUUAGAAGAUGGUCGCACGCUUUCUGAUUAUAAUAUUCAAAAGGAAUCUACGCUGCAUCUUGUACUCCGACUUCGAGGGGGUAUGCAAAUUUUUGUCAAGACUCUCACUGGGAAAACUAUCCCCUUGGAAGUUGAAGCUUCCGAUACAAUCGAGAACGUCAAGGCUAAAAUUCAAGAUAAGGAAGGUAUUCCACCUGAUCAACAAAGAUUAAUUUUUGCUGGGAAACAAUUAGAAGAUGGUCGCACGCUUUCUGAUUAUAAUAUUCAAAAGGAAUCUACGCUGCAUCUUGUACUCCGACUUCGAGGGGGUAUGCAAAUUUUUGUCAAGACUCUCACUGGGAAAACUAUCCCCUUGGAAGUUGAAGCUUCCGAUACAAUCGAGAACGUCAAGGCUAAAAUUCAAGAUAAGGAAGGUAUUCCACCUGAUCAACAAAGAUUAAUUUUUGCUGGGAAACAAUUAGAAGAUGGUCGCACGCUUUCUGAUUAUAAUAUUCAAAAGGAAUCUACGCUGCAUCUUGUACUCCGACUUCGAGGGGGUAUGCAAAUUUUUGUCAAGACUCUCACUGGGAAAACUAUCCCCUUGGAAGUUGAAGCUUCCGAUACAAUCGAGAACGUCAAGGCUAAAAUUCAAGAUAAGGAAGGUAUUCCACCUGAUCAACAAAGAUUAAUUUUUGCUGGGAAACAAUUAGAAGAUGGUCGCACGCUUUCUGAUUAUAAUAUUCAAAAGGAAUCUACGCUGCAUCUUGUACUCCGACUUCGAGGGGGUAUGCAAAUUUUUGUCAAGACUCUCACUGGGAAAACUAUCCCCUUGGAAGUUGAAGCUUCCGAUACAAUCGAGAACGUCAAGGCUAAAAUUCAAGAUAAGGAAGGUAUUCCACCUGAUCAACAAAGAUUAAUUUUUGCUGGGAAACAAUUAGAAGAUGGUCGCACGCUUUCUGAUUAUAAUAUUCAAAAGGAAUCUACGCUGCAUCUUGUACUCCGACUUCGAGGGGGUAUGCAAAUUUUUGUCAAGACUCUCACUGGGAAAACUAUCCCCUUGGAAGUUGAAGCUUCCGAUACAAUCGAGAACGUCAAGGCUAAAAUUCAAGAUAAGGAAGGUAUUCCACCUGAUCAACAAAGAUUAAUUUUUGCUGGGAAACAAUUAGAAGAUGGUCGCACGCUUUCUGAUUAUAAUAUUCAAAAGGAAUCUACGCUGCAUCUUGUACUCCGACUUCGAGGGGGUAUGCAAAUUUUUGUCAAGACUCUCACUGGGAAAACUAUCCCCUUGGAAGUUGAAGCUUCCGAUACAAUCGAGAACGUCAAGGCUAAAAUUCAAGAUAAGGAAGGUAUUCCACCUGAUCAACAAAGAUUAAUUUUUGCUGGGAAACAAUUAGAAGAUGGUCGCACGCUUUCUGAUUAUAAUAUUCAAAAGGAAUCUACGCUGCAUCUUGUACUCCGACUUCGAGGGGGUAUGCAAAUUUUUGUCAAGACUCUCACUGGGAAAACUAUCCCCUUGGAAGUUGAAGCUUCCGAUACAAUCGAGAACGUCAAGGCUAAAAUUCAAGAUAAGGAAGGUAUUCCACCUGAUCAACAAAGAUUAAUUUUUGCUGGGAAACAAUUAGAAGAUGGUCGCACGCUUUCUGAUUAUAAUAUUCAAAAGGAAUCUACGCUGCAUCUUGUACUCCGACUUCGAGGGGGUAUGCAAAUUUUUGUCAAGACUCUCACUGGGAAAACUAUCCCCUUGGAAGUUGAAGCUUCCGAUACAAUCGAGAACGUCAAGGCUAAAAUUCAAGAUAAGGAAGGUAUUCCACCUGAUCAACAAAGAUUAAUUUUUGCUGGGAAACAAUUAGAAGAUGGUCGCACGCUUUCUGAUUAUAAUAUUCAAAAGGAAUCUACGCUGCAUCUUGUACUCCGACUUCGAGGGGGUAUGCAAAUUUUUGUCAAGACUCUCACUGGGAAAACUAUCCCCUUGGAAGUUGAAGCUUCCGAUACAAUCGAGAACGUCAAGGCUAAAAUUCAAGAUAAGGAAGGUAUUCCACCUGAUCAACAAAGAUUAAUUUUUGCUGGGAAACAAUUAGAAGAUGGUCGCACGCUUUCUGAUUAUAAUAUUCAAAAGGAAUCUACGCUGCAUCUUGUACUCCGACUUCGAGGGGGUAUGCAAAUUUUUGUCAAGACUCUCACUGGGAAAACUAUCCCCUUGGAAGUUGAAGCUUCCGAUACAAUCGAGAACGUCAAGGCUAAAAUUCAAGAUAAGGAAGGUAUUCCACCUGAUCAACAAAGAUUAAUUUUUGCUGGGAAACAAUUAGAAGAUGGUCGCACGCUUUCUGAUUAUAAUAUUCAAAAGGAAUCUACGCUGCAUCUUGUACUCCGACUUCGAGGGGGUAUGCAAAUUUUUGUCAAGACUCUCACUGGGAAAACUAUCCCCUUGGAAGUUGAAGCUUCCGAUACAAUCGAGAACGUCAAGGCUAAAAUUCAAGAUAAGGAAGGUAUUCCACCUGAUCAACAAAGAUUAAUUUUUGCUGGGAAACAAUUAGAAGAUGGUCGCACGCUUUCUGAUUAUAAUAUUCAAAAGGAAUCUACGCUGCAUCUUGUACUCCGACUUCGAGGGGGUAUGCAAAUUUUUGUCAAGACUCUCACUGGGAAAACUAUCCCCUUGGAAGUUGAAGCUUCCGAUACAAUCGAGAACGUCAAGGCUAAAAUUCAAGAUAAGGAAGGUAUUCCACCUGAUCAACAAAGAUUAAUUUUUGCUGGGAAACAAUUAGAAGAUGGUCGCACGCUUUCUGAUUAUAAUAUUCAAAAGGAAUCUACGCUGCAUCUUGUACUCCGACUUCGAGGGGGUAUGCAAAUUUUUGUCAAGACUCUCACUGGGAAAACUAUCCCCUUGGAAGUUGAAGCUUCCGAUACAAUCGAGAACGUCAAGGCUAAAAUUCAAGAUAAGGAAGGUAUUCCACCUGAUCAACAAAGAUUAAUUUUUGCUGGGAAACAAUUAGAAGAUGGUCGCACGCUUUCUGAUUAUAAUAUUCAAAAGGAAUCUACGCUGCAUCUUGUACUCCGACUUCGAGGGGGUAUGCAAAUUUUUGUCAAGACUCUCACUGGGAAAACUAUCCCCUUGGAAGUUGAAGCUUCCGAUACAAUCGAGAACGUCAAGGCUAAAAUUCAAGAUAAGGAAGGUAUUCCACCUGAUCAACAAAGAUUAAUUUUUGCUGGGAAACAAUUAGAAGAUGGUCGCACGCUUUCUGAUUAUAAUAUUCAAAAGGAAUCUACGCUGCAUCUUGUACUCCGACUUCGAGGUGGUAUGCAAAUUUUUGUGAAGACUCUCACUGGGAAAACUAUAACCUUGGAAGUUGAAGCUUCUGAUACAAUCGAGAACGUCAAGGCUAAAAUUCAAGAUAAGGAAGGUAUUCCACCUGAUCAACAAAGAUUAAUUUUUGCUGGGAAACAAUUAGAAGAUGGUCGCACGCUUUCUGAUUAUAAUAUUCAAAAGGAAUCUACGCUGCAUCUUGUACUCCGACUUCGAGGUGGUAUGCAAAUUUUUGUGAAGACUCUCACUGGGAAAACUAUAACCUUGGAAGUUGAAGCUUCUGAUACAAUCGAGAACGUCAAGGCUAAAAUUCAAGAUAAGGAAGGGAUCCCACCUGACCAACAAAGAUUGAUUUUUGCUGGAAAACAAUUAGAAGAUGGUCGUACGCUUUCCGACUAUAAUAUUCAAAAAGAAUCUACCCUCCAUCUUGUACUCCGACUUCGGGGUGGAAUGCAAAUUUUUGUCAAGACCCUUACUGGAAAGACUAUUACGCUCGAAGUAGAAGCAUCUGAUACGAUUGAAAAUGUUAAAGCCAAAAUUCAAGAUAAGGAAGGUAUUCCACCUGAUCAACAAAGACUGAUCUUUGCUGGAAAACAGUUAGAAGAUGGUCGCACGCUUUCAGAUUAUAAUAUUCAAAAAGAAUCUACCCUCCAUCUUGUACUCCGACUUAGAGGUGGUAUGCAAAUUUUCGUCAAGACACUUACUGGAAAGACUAUUACGCUGGAAGUAGAAGCAUCUGAUACGAUUGAAAAUGUUAAAGCCAAAAUUCAAGAUAAGGAAGGGAUCCCUCCUGAUCAACAAAGAUUGAUCUUUGCUGGAAAACAAUUGGAAGACGGUCGCACACUUUCUGAUUAUAAUAUUCAAAAAGAAUCUACUCUCCAUCUUGUUCUUCGACUUAGAGGCGGAAUGCAAAUUUUUGUCAAGACCCUUACUGGGAAGACUAUUACACUCGAUGUUGGAGCCACCGAUACAAUCGAGAAUGUUAAAGCCAAAAUUCAAUAUAAGGAAGGGAUCCCACCUGAUGAACAAAGAUUGAUCUUUGCUGGAAAACAAUUGGAAGAUGGUCACACGCUUUCUGAUUAUAAUAUUCAAAAAGAAUCUACGCUUCAUGUUGUACUCCGACUUCGAGGUGGUAUGCAAAUUUUUGUCAAGACUCUCACUGGAAAAACUAUAACCCUGGAAGUUGAAGCAUCGGACACAAUUGAAAACGUUAAAGCUAAAAUUCGCGAUAAGGAAGGUAUCCCACCUGAUCAACAAAGAUUAAUUUUUGCUGGAAAACAAUUAGAAGACGGUCGUACACUGACCGACUAUAAUAUUCAAAAGGAAUCUACGCUGCAUCUUGUACUCCGACUUCGAGGUGGUAUGCAAAUUUUUGUCAAGACCCUUACUGGAAAGACUAUUACGCUCGAAGUAGAAGCCUCUGAUACGAUUGAAAAUGUUAAAGCCAAAAUUCAAGAUAAAGAAGGUAUUCCACCGGAUCAACAAAGACUGAUCUUUGCUGGAAAACAGUUAGAAGAUGGUCGCACGCUUUCAGAUUAUAAUAUUCAAAAAGAAUCUACCCUCCAUCUUGUACUCCGACUUAGAGGUGGUAUGCAAAUUUUCGUCAAGACACUUACUGGAAAGACUAUUACGCUGGAAGUAGAAGCCUCUGAUACGAUUGAAAAUGUUAAAGCCAAAAUUCAAGAUAAAGAAGGUAUUCCACCGGAUCAACAAAGACUGAUCUUUGCUGGAAAACAAUUAGAAGAUGGUCGUACGCUUUCUGACUAUAAUAUUCAAAAAGAAUCUACCCUCCAUCUUGUACUUCGACUUAGAGGUGGAAUGCAAAUUUUUGUCAAGACCCUUACUGGAAAGACUAUUACGCUAGAAGUAGAAGCCUCUGAUACAAUUGAAAAUGUUAAAGCCAAAAUUCAAGAUAAGGAAGGUAUUCCACCUGAUCAGCAAAGAUUGAUCUUUGCUGGUAAACAAUUAGAAGAUUGUCGUACGCUUUCCGACUAUAAUAUUCAAAAAGAAUCUACCCUCCAUCUUGUACUCCGACUUAGAGGUGGUAUGCAAAUUUUUGUCAAGACCCUUACUGGAAAGACUAUUACGCUCGAAGUAGAAGCCUCUGAUACGAUUGAAAAUGUUAAAGCCAAAAUUCAAGAUAAGGAAGGUAUUCCACCAGAUCAGCAGAGAUUGAUAUUUGCCGGUAAACAGCUAGAAGAUGGUCGCACGCUUUCUGAUUAUAAUAUUCAAAAAGAAUCUACCCUCCAUCUUGUACUCCGACUUAGAGGUGGUAUGCAAAUUUUUGUCAAGACUCUCACUGGGAAAACUAUUACUCUCGAAGUUGAAGCUUCCGAUACAAUCGAGAAUGUCAAGGCUAAAAUUCAAGAUAAGGAAGGUAUUCCACCUGAUCAACAAAGAUUAAUUUUUGCUGGGAAACAAUUAGAAGAUGGUCGUACGCUUUCCGACUAUAAUAUUCAAAAAGAAUCUACCCUCCAUCUUGUUCUUCGACUUAGAGGCGGAAUGCAAAUUUUUGUCAAGACCCUUACUGGAAAGACUAUUACUCUCGAUGUUGGAGCCUCCGAUACAAUCGAGAAUGUUAAAGCCAAAAUUCAAUAUAAGGAAGGGAUCCCACCUGAUCAACAAAGAUUGAUCUUUGCUGGAAAACAAUUGGAAGAUGGUCACACGCUUUCUGAUUAUAAUAUUCAAAAAGAAUCUACGCUCCAUGUUGUACUCCGACUUCGAGGUGGUAUGCAAAUUUUUGUCAAGACUCUCACUGGGAAAACUAUAACCCUGGAAGUUGAAGCAUCGGACACAAUUGAGAAUGUUAAAGCUAAAAUUCGUGAUAAGGAAGGUAUCCCACCUGAUCAACAAAGACUGAUCUUUGCUGGAAAACAAUUGGAAGAUGGCCGUACGCUUUCUGAUUAUAAUAUUCAGAAAGAAUCAACUCUGCAUCUUGUACUUCGACUCCGUGGUGGUCGAUGAUUCCACAUUCGGAUCUCACUUUUAUAAGUUAAAUUAUAUCAAAUAAAUUGAAAUACAUUUUUUUACUUUUAUUCAUAAUAGCUAUUGAUCAUGUGAUAUAAUACUGUUAAUAAUAUGCUGUAAUAAAUAAAUCCCAUAUGAAAAA